AUGGCAGACGUUAAAUUUCCUAAUAUCUCUCAAAGCAAUAAUAACUCCUUCGUAGAUGGUAGAGGACUAAAGAACGGAGGUGGAUUAGGCGAGUAUGAUGACUAAUAGGCGAUGAGGAAUGGAGGAGAUGUGAGGUCAUAAUCAUUUCAUUCUGGAAGAGGAGGUACAGGACCAGGCUUAGCUGGCCAAAGUAUUAUGAAUGCCAAAAAAUAAAGAAAGGAUAUAGAACGUGAUGCUUAAUUAUUAGCGAAUCGUAUCGCUCUACUUAAGCAGGAAGAAAUGAAAACAUGGAAAAAAAUUGAGGAAACUAAAAAAAGAGCUAAAGAGGUAAAUGACCUUAAGCGAAGAAAUGAAGAUAAAAUGAAUAAUAAGUUCGAAAAAAUGCGAAUGGAACAAAUGAUGCAGGAGGAAAACUAAAAUAAAAUCAACCAAAUGCGCAAGUAGCGUGAGAUGGAGAGAUAAAAGAUUUAAGAAGCAAUAUAUCUCAGCAAGAAAGAGGAGGCCAAAUAGUAGAAAUACUUGUAGGCCUAAAAUCGUUAGAGAAAGAAUUACUUCUAUGAUUAAGUCUCGUAGGAGAAUUCUAAUAAGAAUAAUCUAAUCAAAUAGCAGGAGAGAAUUGCCUAGAUGAAGAGAGACGAGUAUAUGAGACGUAAGUAAAUGGAGGCAAAAGCUGAACUUGACAAACGCAUUGCUGAAGAGGAAGCAGUUAUUAGAUAAAAGGAACAGGAAGUUAUGUAAAUGGAAAUGCUCGAAAUGGAGUUAAUCAAAAAACUUCAAAACACCUAAGCCAUUUAAAAGCAAGCCUAUAGCGAACUCGAAAGUGCUUUGCAACAAAACAAAAUAGGAGGUAAUACUUCAUAUACAACAGGAGGACUCAUUGCUUAUGGAAAGGUGGGUGCAAAUGGAGGCAUUAAAAACGAUAACUAAUAACUAUGA